CUAUCGUGCAUGUUGUGCGAACACAAGUGACGUUACGGGAAACAAAAGGAAGAAAAAUGACAAGCAGUGGAAGAUGCUUAUUUUUGUUUCCAAAAGCGAGCGUCAAUUUUUCCAGUGGCUUGAUAGUGUUCAUAUUCACGUUUAUUUUACACAGUUUCAGUCAUUUUCCCGGUGGAAAUAUUCUGCUGACACGAUGCCGUUUUCUUGCUGCUCUGCCUCGUUUUGCAAAAACAAUAGAUAUAAUGUGAGCAGACGGGGUUUAGAUAUAACGUUUCACACAUUUCCCCCUCGUCAUUAUCCUGUAACAAACCAAUGGGUGCAGUUUUGCAAACGCGAAGAAAACUGGAUACCCCACAAACAUUCGGUGCUGUGUUCGGCCCACUUCAGAGAAGAUGAUUUUCAAAUGGCUAACUCCCCGGUAAUUAAGCAAGGCAAACGAAUCAGGCAUCUAAAUAUAUAUGCGGUCCCUACCGUCAUCAAUCGUGCUGCAAUUACUGUGUCGAAACGAGAAAAGCUUGAUCAAGUGCGAAAACAACUUUUGGAGAAACUUUACACGAAAGACGAUGAAGAUGUUGACCAAGCAACGGGAAAUGAUCACACGUACAGCGAGGCGAAGACAGACCAAGCGGAAAAGAAGGGUCCUGUGGAUAAAUGUCGAAAGAGCAUAUUUUUCUUGCAACGAUAUCCAAAUGUGUGUGCAUUCUGUUUGAGAAUCAUACACGAUCCUAACGUAUUUGUACCGGUCACACACUAUCACGAUGCACUGGAGUGUACGAUCGAACAGAAGUUUGAUGAAAUAACUGGAGAUCCAAUGAAUCAAGAGGAUCGUAGCGACGUUCAACAUUUGCUGCCGGAUAAAGUGUGUAUCGAAUGUGUGACAAUGGUGGUAAAAUUUCACCAAUAUCAAAGGCAGCUGGAAUGUAUAAAAAAAUUCAGCACCGGAAUCGCACAUUUACUAUAUGGCAAUGAACAACCGUUGGAAAACCUAUACCGCGAUCAGGGACCUUAUUUGGUCAACAUACUUAAACGAUUGGAUGCUGCCCAAGGUACGAGAAUCAAUCAAUCGCUGGAGCAGCUUCUGGAGGAAGUUACCUCGUAUGGAAACAUUAAGCAGAGUUCGACGAUCAGCGUGCAGCAUUCUACAGAUGAUAUGUCGCUCGUGCUAUGCUCAAACACGGAAAACGUAUUAACCGACAGCGACGGGUUACGGGCUACCGAUGAAGUUAUGAUAGACAAAGAGAAGAACAAAUCCCAACAGCUGUACACUUGUCCGUAUAUGGAUAUAUGCAGUGAUUGGUUUUCGACACAUUCUGCAUUUCAGCAUCAUAUACGCGACGAUCAUAAAACAUUCUCCUGUCAUGUUUGCGGGUUUAAGAUAGCCUUCUACGAUCUCUUCAAAAAACACAUGGAAAGCCAUUCUAUCGCCCGUGCACUACUUCUGUCCCAUAACAGACAAAGUGCAAGUUUGGACAAGGAUGACGAAAAUGAUCCUGAUGUGUACGCUAGCGUUCAAGAGCUUAAUAGUCACAGAGCCUUCGCAUCCAGCACAAAAAUAGCAACACCUAGAGAUAUUUUAAGGAAGAGUAACGAAAGCAAGCCUGCAAGUCAAAGGGUGAAAUCUGAUGAAUGGGACGAAGAUGCGGCAGACGCACUCUACUCAACCGCUAGCACCAACAACACAUCUAGCAAAAGAAUUGAAUUACUGAAGAUCGAAUUUGUUAGAGAAAUGCAGUAAAUACGGAACUGAUUUACUAAGAUGAACUGUGAAAAAUUGUAGUUUUUAGCAGCAAACUUUCAGACCUUAGGUGUGCCGACGUCCGGUUUAUUCUGAUGGAUAAAAUUCGCAGCAGAAACGGAUGAUUGACUACGGACUAAUGUAUUGUAACAAGAAAGAUGUACAGUUGCACGAAGCUCGGCGAACUGAUAAUCUGUUUUUCAUGAGUUAUUACAUGAAGUUUAUGCUUUAUCUUAGUUUAUAUUAAUAAACGCAUAUAUUCUAGUUU